CUAUAUUUAUUUGACCUUUAAUUAUACUUAUAACUAAUACGAUACACAUUAUUUCGCAUUCGCUAUAACAUUAUUAUGAUUAACCCGAAUAAAUUUAAAGAGGAAAUGACAAUUCACCGUACAUAUCCAGAGUUUUCUGAAUGAUUACCAGAAUAUUCAUCAUAAUACGGUAGUAUAUCGAAAGUCGUUGAAAAGACACCAUGUUUUUGAAGAUAUUUUUCACGGAAUUAGUUUUUCUCUGUGCAACAACUAGUGGAGUGAUACAACUCAAAAUCGCUGGAGUUUUCGACAGUUUUCAACUGCACCAAUCCGCUUUUGUCUUCUCGAACGAGCUGAAGGACAUCGACAAGGGGUCAUCAGAUCUCCAAUUAUCGCCAGUAGUGAACAUCAACAUCUUCCCAGAUGACCCUUUCUCAGCCCUUCAAGGCACUUGCUCAUUCCUGAGACAAGGGGUGGUGGGAAUUUUCGGACCCCAGUCCAGUUCCAACAUAGACAUAAUCCAGUCCAUAGCUGGCAGGAAGGAGAUACCUCAAAUUCUAACGAGAUGGGUGAACCCUUCCCAAAUGGGCCCCGAUACGAUAAAUUUUUAUCCUAGUCCCCGCAAAUUGGCGUCUGCUUUCGUGGAUAUCAUCAGGAAACUGGAAUGGAGAAGUUUCACAAUCCUUUUCACGAAUUUCGAAAACCUUAUGAAGAUCACUGAUUUCAUCAAGCAAGCUGAAGACGAUGGUUGCAUAGUUUAUCUUGAAAACAUCGAUCCUGAUCAUUCUGGCAACUACAGGCAAAUUUUGCGAGAAGUGAUGAAUAAUGGCCAGACAAAUUUCAUUCUGGACUGCCCAAUCCAGGAAUUGGUGGAAGCUUUGGCACAAAUCCAGCAAGUUGGGAUGCUCACCAAAGACUAUAAUUAUAUUUUAUCAAAUCUUGAUGCACACACCAAAUCAAAUAGUGGAGAAAUGGAUAUUUUCAUGCACAGCGAAGCGACCAUAAGAGGGGUACAUCUUGUUAAUCCUCAAGGUGAGCAGUCUAUGAGAGUCAGCAAAGAACUUUGCUAUUUGUAUAAAAUUACCUUCAAUGAUGAAUGUAGCACCCUUCCAAAUCAUACACGCGAGAUGGACUUCGAAACAGCUUCCAUCAUAGACGCUGUUCAUGUAUUCAAAGAUGCCUUGCAUUCAGCUGGUGUCACAAAAGGCCAAUUUAUGGACUGUAAUGACACGGAAACAUGGGAACAUGGAGCUACAGUAAUUAAUAUUUUGGAAUCAGGUUCCUAUAGAGGUCUUACCGGUACAAUAGAGUUCGGUGACGAUGGAUUCAGGAGUACAUUUGAACUCACAAUUUACAAACUACAAGGGAAUCUCACAGAAAUAGGAACCUGGAAUACAGUAUCAGGUUUGGACAUGGAUUUGGAGAUGAAAUCGGAGUUGGUAGAAGGGGAAGAAGAUUUGACCGACAAAACUUUGAUUGUUAUGAUCACCUUAACAGAACCAUAUGCUAUGUUGGUAGAGUCCCCAGAUCGCCUGAUUGGAAAUGAAAAAUAUGAAGGCUUCGCAAUCGAUUUGAUAGAUGAAAUAGCCAAAUAUAUAGGUUUUCAAUUCGUUCUUGUUGUUAGAAGUGAUAACAAUCAUGGAGUAUUCAACCCUCAAUCUGGAAAAUGGACUGGGAUGAUUGGAGAUAUAAUUGAAGGAAAAGCUGACCUCGCGAUAUCUGAUCUUAGCAUAACCAAAGAUAGAGUUGAUCCAGUUGAAUUCACUCAACCAUUCAUGAAUACAGGUAUAGGUAUUCUCUUUCACAAACCAACAGAGUUUCCUGUAUUUUUCCACUUUGCCCAACCAUUUUCCAAGCAAGUCUGGAUAGCUUUGGGACUGUCAUAUUUAGCUGUAACAUUAACAUUAUUCAUUAUCGGUAGACUUACUCAUAGUGAAUGGGAACCUCGAGGAUCUCAGAUCAAUGGGCAAAUUUUGGAAAAUCAGUUGACUCUCUGUAACUCGAUGUGGAUUGCAGCAGGCAGCAUCUUCAGACAGAAUACUGGUGUUAGAUUGAAUUCUGUUCCAGCCAAUAUAGUUUCAAUAUGUUGGCGUGCCGUAUGCUUCAUAAUUCUGGCGAUGUUUAUUGCAUAUUCUGCGUCUGUUGAUAUCUAUAUAGAAAAAGAAGUACUUUUCAACGACGUCAAUGAUUUGGUUGUGAAUGCAGAAAAUCAUAAUAUCAAAUUUGGAGCUUUGAAGGGAGGUGCUACACAAUCAUUUUUCAAGAAUUCCAAAUCACCAGUUUAUGAAGAAAUAUCCAAUUAUAUGGAUGAACAUCCAGAGGACCUAUCAGUGUCGACCAGAGAAGGUAUAGAGAGAGCAGAAAAUGAACAUUAUGCUUUCUUCAUGGAGUCUGCUACUAUCGAUUAUACUAUAAAGAGACAUUGCAAGUUGGCAAGUUACGGUGGAUUGUUGGACAGCAAAGGAUUUGGCAUUGCAGUGAGAAAAGGGUCACCUCUUUUGACACCUCUCAAUAGGGCAAUUUUGAAGCUGCAUACAUCAGGGGACAUAAUGAGGAUCAAACAAAAAUGGUGGGAGGAGAAAAACAUUGAAGAAGCAUGUGAGGAUACCGCUGACCAAGAACCCACUGAAAAGGACCUGGUUCACCUUCAGGGACUUUUCUGGAUAACAAUCGUCGGUACGAUUUUUUCGCUGUUCUGCGCCAUAGUCGAGUUCAUUGUCCACGUCCGAAGUCUCAGCAAGAAAUCGAAUCAGCCUUUCGGAUCCACGUUUUGUCGAGAGCUGAAAGGAAGCUUCAGAUCGAGAAGAAUAGCUGACCACAAUAAUUCAGAGUUGCAUGUUAAGUCUGAAGAUGAAAGAAAUACGACAACCGAAUCGGUUGAAUUAAUUUAAUGAAUUCAAAUAAAUAUAUACUCAACUUGUCUUUUCAUGCACGUGUAUA